UUUAAGUGAACGUCGCAAAUUUUUUUUCCUUUUCCUAUUUUCGAUUUUUUUUUUUUUUUUUUUGUGGUAGUGGGGAUACGGGGACCGGCCGCCGCUCGGGCGCCCCCGCCUCGCAGAAGACGCCCCCGCGCCCAUGGCCAGCGGCAGCCCCGCCAGGAUGUCCAGCGCCGCCGGGCAGCCGCCCUUCCUACAGCCGGCGUGCUUCUUCGCCGCCGCGGUGGCCGCCGCCGCCGCUGCCGCUCCUCCGGGGCCGCCACCGGGGGCGCCGCCGCCGCAGCUCAGCCCGGCGGGCGGACAGCCCUCCCCGGGCGGCAAGCCCUCGGCGCCGCGGGCGGCCAAGCGGCAGCGCUCGGCCUCGCCGGAGCUGAUGCGCUGCAAGAGGCGGCUCAACUUCAGCGGGUUCGGGUACAGCCUGCCGCAGCAGCAGCCCGCGGCCGUGGCGCGGCGCAACGAGCGGGAGCGCAACCGCGUGAAGCUGGUCAACCUGGGCUUCGCAACGCUGCGGGAGCACGUCCCGAACGGCGCUGCCAACAAGAAGAUGAGCAAGGUGGAGACGCUCCGCUCCGCCGUCGAGUACAUCCGCGCCCUGCAGCAGCUGCUCGACGAGCAUGACGCCGUCAGCGCCGCCUUCCAGGCCGGCGUCCUCUCGCCCACCAUCUCGCCCAGCUACUCCCACGACAUGAACUCCAUGGCGGGCUCUCCCGUCUCCUCCUACUCCUCCGACGAGGGCUCUUACGACCCGCUAAGCCCUGAGGAGCAGGAGCUACUCGACUUCACAAGCUGGUUUUGAGCGCCGGCCGCCCUGGCGGCAGGACAGUUACAAAAGGGAAAAAAAAAACAACAAA